AAAAAAGGUCCCUUUGAAAUGGAGUAUCAGAUGAAAAGAUUACCAUCCGAAAGAUUAGCAAAUCAGAGGAUCCUUUCUGUGAUUGGUGAUUGCCUUGAUAAUUUUGGUCCUGGAUGUGUGAGUGUACAGAAGAUACUCAAUGCUCGCUGCCCUCUGGUGAAAUUUUCCCAUCAACCGACAGGAUUCCAGUGUGAUCUGUCAGUGAGCAACAGCAUUGCUAUAAGAUGUUCAGAACUCUUGUAUAUCUAUGGCUGUCUUGAUUCCCGUGUGAGAGCUCUAGUGUUCACUAUACGGUGUUGGGCACGUGUUCAUGGACUUACAAAUACGGUUCCUGGUACCUGGAUUACAAACUUCUCUCUGACCAUGAUGGUCAUGUUUUUUCUGCAAAAGAGAUCACCACCUAUCAUUCCAACACUAGACCAACUUAAAGAUCUGGCAGGUGCAAAAGACAAGCAUGUGAUUGGAGGAUAUGAUUGCUCAUUUGUUAGUGAUUUAGGGAAGAUUAAACCUACAAAAAAUACAGAAACACUUGAUGUUUUGUUGGGUGAGUUUUUUGAAUAUUUUGGAAACUUUGAUUUCAGAAAGAAUUCCUUAAAUCUUCGAAAGGGGAAGGAAGUAAAUAAACCUGAGUCGUCUCCUCUUUAUAUCUGGAAUCCUUUUGAACAAGACCUUAAUAUCAGCAAGAAUGUUAAUCAGCCACAGCUGGAGAAAUUUGUAGCUAUGGCCAGAGAAAGUGCCUGGAUUUUACAGAAGGAAGAGAAAACUGAGCGAAUGAUCGAUGACGAGCCUUGGGGACUGGCAGUACUACUGAUACCAUUUGGAAAAAGUAGUUCCAGCAAGAUGAAGAAUAAGAUGAAAGGAAUAGGAAGUGAAACAAUCAGAAGCCUCUUGGACUCUUUAAAGCUAAAUAAUCCAAACAGUCUACAAAAAGCAGUGGGAAAAUGACUUUCAGCACAGAAACACAGUGGCUGAUAUUCUGUUUUAGGAAUUGAAUGUGACACACAGUCCGAAGAACAUUACUUUUAACAAUUCUAUUAUGGUGAAAUGGAGAGUCAAACAAUCUCUGUUUUUCAUCGUGAUGCUUUUUGUACAGGUCUCCUUCCUUUCUGUACAUUUUUCUCCUCCUUACUCUUCACUUUGACAUCUGUUUUAUGAAUGAAGAGUAUCCAAAUGCAAGUUUUACAGAUGGAUUUUGGAAGUAGCCUUCAGUCAGGUGCUCUUUGAAAAAAAAGUCUGACAGGAGCAGCAUGGGAAAAAGCCUUUGGGAAUUCUGUUGGCUAACAUACAAAUAAUAUGCUAAGUAAAAGAUCAAGAAACAACCACCUUUCAGUGAAACCACAGUUUUAAAAAGAGGAAUGUGUUGGAACCAUUGCUUCCAAUCCAAUCAUGUUCUGGAAGCCAGUAAAAAUGGAGUGCAU